AUGGACUUCGAUCCACUAAGUAGCCCCUUCACUGAUCUCAACAGAUGGUUAGAUUCAAAGUCGGACACAGAAGAAGCUGCAAAAUACUCACAGAGGAGAACUGGCCGAUUCUGGAAGAACUGCAAGAUAUGCCGGGACAAAGUGACGGCGACGAGGCGCAGAACAAGGAUACUACAUGCCGAUGAUCCACAGGGUGUUAACAAGAAACGCAAAAUCUCGAAAACAAAUGCAAAUACCGAUCAGGCAGAGCAAGAGCCAGAUACUAGCGAACGGGAGUGUUCAGUAUGCGCUGAAUUGCAUCCGACGCGAGACUUUCCUAGCCUCUCGGCUUGUACACAUGAACCAGAAGUGUGUCAAGACUGCUUUCUAGAAUGGUUGGAGCUACAGAUCGACAGCACAACUUGGGAGAGUAUUCAGUGUCCAUCGAGCGAUUGUAGCAACCAGAUCACUCACGAAGAUGUCUUGAAGUAUACACCAGAGAACGUGUUCGCCCGAUUUGAUGAGCUCUCCAUGCGAAGUGUCCUCAGCAACGACCCCAACUUUCGUUACUGCAUCGCCGAAGGGUGUACGUCCGGACAAAUCCACGAUACUGGUGCCGAAGGGUACAUCUUUCGUUGCGGCGCGUGUGGUUUCCGUAUCUGCACUGUCCAUGACAUGCCCUUCCACUCUGACGAAACUUGCACGCAAUACGACGCGCGAAUGGCGAAGGAAGAAGAAGAACGACGUGCCAAACAACAGCAACUGGAGAAAGAGGAAGAAGCCCGCCGUCUACAAGAAGAAGCAAGCGUCGCGGAAGUCGGCCGAUGCGCAGUGGUGUGUCCAGGAUGCAAAGCUCCGAUUCAGAAAACUGCAGGUUGCGAUCAUAUGACGUGUCGUCGACUGGGAUGUAAUUUCCAAUUUUGCUAUGUGUGUCGCGCCCCGUACACGGGCGACAGUGGCAUCAACGCGGUUGGCAACGGAGCUCAUGCUUCGGACUGCAGACAUCAUCCGGCGCGCCUUCCGGUCUAUCAACCUACAUCAUUAAGAGAUCUGAUGAUUCUAAGGCAAGGGUUUUGAGAUACUCAGGACAAGCAAGUAGAUGAACGAUUGUGUGUGGUAUUCUUCUACUGAUGGAUGGAACAAUACUCAUCUUGGUUUUGGUAUGAUUGCGGAUUACACAUUGGUUUGGUGUGUCUCAUGCUUUGCGUC